CAGAAGCACUACUUUUGUCUAAACGACGCUCCCCAACCGACUUUAGCAAAAGCCCUGCUCUUCCAAACAAAUAUAAUUUUCUGUUUUGAUGAGAGUCUUGAUCAGCCCUCUCAAGGGACUGCGAUGACGUCACGUCCUGCGGGUUGUCCCUUCUCUUUUCUCCUUCCUCAUUCAAGCGACGCAUCAAAGAUUCGAUCCUUUGAGUCUUUACAAACAAGUGAAAAUGGAUUGUGAACCUUCGAGGCCUUUUCCUCACACUUUGCGUAACUGCUGCUGUCUUUAUUUCAUUAUUCUGAAAUACCAUGCUUUAUUUUGAAAAUGUUAUCCGGAUGUCGCUUUGAUUGAAAUGUUUGACCGGAGGUUUUCUCGUCAUUCCUUUUUUUGUCAAAGCUGACGGACUGACUUUAGAAGUUUUUUAUAGAAACCUUUUUUUGAAGUCUUUUUUUUUUUUUGACCGUGGAGAAUUUGCUGAUGGAAGAAUUCCAUUGGUUGAGAGCAGGCCAAAGUGUUCUAUGGUGUUGGUGGUGAAUCUGUGGAACGAGUCCGACAUCCAAUCAAAAGGUGGCCCACUUUGACUCAAAUUAAUCUUAGAGCCGUGGGUCUGAGUAAAAUCGUAUGCAGUUCCUCUUUUAUUUCCAGUUGAUAAGAAAUCAAACUUAACAAAGGGCAACUUCCUCCUUUCGUUUUAAGGACUGUGCAACCCUGGAUAUUCCGGCCUGAGGCGCGAAACUUUCUCGGCCCAUGUGAGCCGUUGAAGAGAUCCCGCGGCCACACGCUCUCACUUCCUCACGCGUGACAGUGAAGAGCAGGAUUCCCACACAUAGAAACACAACUUUGACAUUUGUGUCGCAGACGCUUAUAUUUACCAGCUGCUCGGGAAGUGUGGAAGAGCCUUGAUGAGCCUCUCCAUAUAUUCAUAUUGCUCUCCAAAUAUGUCCCGUUCUGAAUGGACCUAAUUUGUACGUUUGGAACAACGACCUAGAGCGACUUCUCGGACGAUGGAUGAUGGUAAUGACCCCAGAAGUGGACGAUUCUCGUGGUUGAGCUUUUGUUUUGUUUUCUCUCUGAGCGCCAACUGUUGCGCCGGAUACAUACUGAAGGACUGUCGAAUAAGCAACGACAACGCCAUCUGCUCAGCCAGCAAGCUACGAGCCGUCCCCCGGGACAUCCCAGCGUGGGUCAAAACCUUUGACUUGGGCGUGAACAAAAUCUCCAAGCUCCGAGCAGGUGAUUUCCUCAAUUACACGCUCCUGACGCAGUUAGACCUGAAGCGCAAUAACAUUUCACAGAUCGAAAAAGGCACCUUUGCCAACCUGCGCUUGCUGCAAAAGUUAAAUCUGAAUAAUAACCGUCUGGCACAACUGGGAGAUGUGUUUGAGGGUUUGAGCAACCUGAGCGAGCUGAGACUAACAAGCAACGUCAUAACAACUGUGGCCCCUUCCUCCUUCAAGCCCCUGACAAACUUGACAGUCUUGGACCUGUCAUUCAACAAACUGCAGCGCUUGACUCAGGUCCACUACGCAAUACAGCAUCUACCCAAUCUGAAGUAUCUCUUCCUCAAAAAAAUCGAUGUCACCAUUUUCCAGUCCUGGGAACUGACCAACAACACCGUGGGCCUCUCGUACCUCGAUCUGUCUCAGAACCGUAUCGACGUCUUCGCCGUCAGCGCCAACGUUUUCCAAAACCUGACUUGGCUGAACGUGGGGGGUUCUCCGAGAAGGCACAAGUUGUCGUGGGAGGUUGGCCGAGGGCCUCUUCUCGGACGGCUGAACUCGCUCGAUAUCGGCGGGCUUCACUUGACGCAGAAGGACGCCGGGGCGCUUUUUCAGAGCGUCAACUUCUCGCUGAGCAAUCUACGGAUGAACGCCAUGAAAUGCGACCUCAGGCAGCUGCUGGACGUGUCCUGCACCAUCCCGACACUGACUCAGUUGCAACUCAGACGCAACAAGCUUCGGCUGCUUGAUGGCGGUCUGCUUCGGCUCUGCUCCUCCGUCACCGAGUUGGAUUUGGCCGACAAUCGCAUGAAAGACGUUCUCAACGGCUCCUUUGGAGCCCUAAGAAAUCUGAAGAGGUUGACUCUCAGUCAGAACAGUCUCUCCUCAGUCCCGCCCGCCGUUAGGAAUCUGUCCAGACUUCUAGAACUGGACCUGAGCUCCAAUAACAUCAGCACGCUCACUUGCGAAGACUUUGCCGAUCUCGGCAAACUCCGAAUCCUCGGCCUUUAUCAGAACUACAUAUCGACCCUCCACCAGUGCGUCUUCAAAGGUCUGGCCAAGCUUGAGGUCCUCAAAUUGCAGACCAAUCGAAUCACUCAACUGGCCAGUGCAUUUAAAAGAUACUUACCGAAUCUUAGACAGCUGAAACUAGAUAAUAAUCAACUCACGGCUAUCGAAAUGGGAGCAUUUGAGGGCUUGCGAUCUCUCCAGAACUUAUCGUUGCAGAGGAAUCAACUGGAAAAGCUUGAAAGCGGCUCUUUCGUGGGCCUGACGAUGCUCACCGACCUUUUGCUGCAAUCCAACGAGAUCCAACAGAUAACCGCGGGCGUUUUCAAUGAUCUGGCCAAUUUAAGACGGUUAAGUCUGUUGGACAAUCGCAUCAAGUACAAGAGCAGUUUGCCGUUGCCGGCGGCGCCGUUCUCUGGGCUUUCUCGCCUGGAGACCUUGGCCAUGGCGGGCCAACACAGCAGAGGCAGGUCCCAACUGCCCCGCAACUUUCUGCAGGGUUUGACCAACCUUCAGAUUUUCGACACGAGAAACGUCUUCCUCUCUUCCUUGCACCAAGACACGUUCAAGCACACGCCUGGGCUUCAGAAGCUUGACAUCAGCUCAAAUGAGUUCAUCGAUAUCUCCCCCAGCUUGUUUGAGCCCAUCCAGAACCUGCGCAGCCUCUACAUUUCAAGAACCACUCUCCGGUCGCUCGAUUUCCUGAAGGAGGCCAACCUUACCAAACUCGAGUUCCUCCAAGCACGAAGGAACCAGUAUUCGGUCAUCACCAAGGAACAGAUGGACGCCCUUCCUUCCCUGGUGUAUUUGGACCUUCAGGGGAACAGUUUCCUAUGCGAGUGCGACAACUCCCAGUUCCUGCUGUGGUUGAACGAAAGUCAAACCCAAGUCUUUGACGCCCACAACUUUGUAUGCAACUACCCCCCGAGCCUUAAAGGCAUGAAGCUGCUGAACCUCGACAUCCGAUCCUGCUCGGUGGAUGUAGAGUUCAUCUACUUCAUCUCCACUACCGUGGCCGUACUCUUGUUUCAGUUGUCGUCCUUUAUCUAUCACUUCCUGCGGUGGCAGCUGGCCUACGCCUAUCACCUCUUCCUGGCUUUGCUGCACGAGCGAAAAUUCCGCGGCAGGCAGCCUGAGUCGCUCUACGACGCCUUCGUCUCUUACAAUGCCGGCGACGAGGACUGGGUAUUCAGGGAGCUGGUGCCCAAACUUGAGGAGGAGCAAGGCUGGAAGUUGUGCCUGCACCACAGAGACUUCGAGCCAGGGAAGCCCAUCAUGGAGAACAUCACCGACGCCAUCUAUGCCAGCAGAAAAGCCAUCUGCAUAAUCAGUCGCAAAUACUUGCAGAGCGAGUGGUGCUCCAGAGAGAUUCAGGUGGCCGGCUUCCGCCUGUUUGAUGAGCACAGGGAUGUUCUCAUCCUGGUCUUCCUGGAGGACAUUCCCAUCUGGGAGCUGUCUCCUUAUUACCGCAUGAGGAAGCUGGUGAAGAAGCAGACCUUCCUGAGUUGGCCUCGGGCAGCCCAGUGCACCGACCUCUUCUGGGAGAAGCUCCGGCAGGCUCUGCACUCCAGAGACAAUCCCGGCGGGGAACUGCUACUGCUCACCGUGUAGAGCAGAAGGUGACAAAUGGACAGACAGACGGAAUGAGGGGCUGGAUUCACACAAAUUCAAGAGCUUGAUUUUGAUUGCAUUUUAUCACUGGAUUGAACCCCGCCUUAUAAAUUCAGCCAGACGGACGACGUUUGCUCUAACCAAACAAAAAUUCCAUUCGCUCGCAAAAGCAAAAUCAGACUGACCAGUCCUCAUUUGAAAUUGAUCUUACAGAUUUAUUGCUGUGUUGCUAAAUCAAGAAAAAUGCUGGUUAUGGGUGUCAUGUUAUAACUGUGAAAUGUUUUGUUUGAUUAUUAUUAUUUUGUAAUGGGGCAGUGUAAUAGUGUUCCCAAAGUUUGCCGGCGAGGUGGCAUUGGCUCAUCGGAGCAGCAAGAUUCUGUCACGUCAUUGCAGCGACUGAGUGGAACAACACGGAUGCAUGUGGUACAAAAAAAGUCUCUUUAAUAAAUAAGCAGACAACCAAAACUGCACAACGCCAAAGACACUUGAAAAGCAAAUAGGUCAAUUCUCAAACGAGAAGAUGUGAGAACCUUCGGAUAGCUACUCUUGGCUGUUUACAAAACAGAGCUUACAUAUGUCUUCACAUCAAAAGCAGUCAAGUCCAGUUGAAUCUCCAACCAAAGCAAAUAGUCCAACUUCAUGCCGCUGUGGUGGCGGAUUCCUCAAGGGCCUUUGUGUUCUUCCUCCUACGCUCACUAGAACGGAAAACCUCAGUCAGACGCAGAAACGACUCUGAGAAAAUCGUGUCGACGCGCGUCCUACUCACUCGAUGCAGCGCAUCACUCGUUGGGUCCAGCUCGCGGCGGGAUUGGCGCACAAAAACCUUCCGGGGAGGUGAAGGCUGCAAAACAGGAAGAACCAGCACGCGUGUUAAUGAGCAGCCUGGAGGAGUGUCAGCUAGCUGAUGGUUAACCCGCUGACGCACGCUCAAGAGUAAAUUUCUUAAAACUGCUUAAGCAGGCCACUAUCUGCAUUUAUUUGACUUUGAACUCACAUCAAAGUUUCCUAUCAGUUUGUUUGCACAAUGCGUGGUCCACUUAUUCCACUACAAUGUAAUUUGUCUCCGUAAGAGGCCCGUUUUGUCUUUGUGUUGACUCACUCCCAAUGAGUGAGUCAAGACACCAGUGAACAAAAACUAGAUGACGCAACCAAAGACAUCUGCAUACACCCAACCCCCAAACGCCCGCCUGCCAAAUGAAAUUAUGUCAAUUGUGCGCGGCACCUUUGGAAUCAUUUGUAGACCUCAAAAAGGGAAUUUGUUGCACCUCAUACUUUUUACUCCAUUCUUUGAUUUACUUGUGGUUGUUGUUUAUUCCUUUUGAUCAACCAAUUUUUUUUAUUGCUAUCACAUAAAAAUGCUCCAAACAUUGUCCAAACUUU